CAACAGCCGCCAUCUUGACGCGGCUCGGAGUCGGGAUUUCGGGGGAGCACAAAUUUUAAAACCGACCGGAGCCACCCAGACACGGCUGAAACGGGAUUUUUACGGCCGAUAACCGAAGAGUUGGUUCUUCCGCAGAGAAUGAGCCCAAACAUGCGAGGCUUGCGGGGUUUUUAAUCGUCUCGAAAGGCCACUGUAUAUUUGAUUUCCCUUUCGGAGAGCGCCGCUGGUUGUCGCCGUAUCUCCGUCCAGGGAACGUUGUAUUUACCCGACAGACAGCGACGAGAAAAAAUAUCCGUCUCAUAGAAAAUAUUUUCUGAAUUUUUCUCUUUUUUAUUUAGCAAAAAUCGGAUUUUAUCGCCGCUUCUUUUGACCGUAAAAAAAUGAUUCUCCACAUAGGGGAAACCGAGCAUCUUCGAGCGAUGGGAUUUGCCUGUUCGCUUUGUUAUAUUUUAUAAUUGUUUUUUAUUUAUUUUUCUCGCACUGAAAUAUUUCGUGGACGCAGUAAAUUGGGGAUAAUUAUGUGGGUGUUGGGUGUUGGAUUAUCAUGGGGUGAUCUUCGGUGGCGAAGCGUGGCGCUGUUGCCCUUCUUUUGAAUAUCGUCUUCUCCGGGCAACAUUUCACCGCUCUGCCAGUUAAAAGAAAAUAAACUACUAAGGACGCUUCUUCGCACGCAACAUUGGAAAAAAAAAAAAAACGACUCAAAGCCUGGGUUGACCCCACUAUUAUUUUUUUCCGGCAUCACCGCUCGUUGAUAAUUUUCACCGAGCAGGAUGGCUGACAAUCUUCUGGAUGCGGGACCCCCCACUGCAAAGCGACCCAAGAUGAAUUCACCCCUAUCAGGAUCAGACGGCCCAGAUCUCGUAUCUCUGCUUGAUCUGGAAAACGACCUUCCUGAUGAGCUUAUCCUUAAUGGAGAGUUGGGAAAUGGACCGUCAGCAAAUUGUGGCCCAAGUGGAGGGCCGCUUGGUCUCGGCUUGGCUGUACCUGAUGCUGCUUCCAAACACAAGCAACUUUCCGAGCUCCUCCGACCAGGAAGCUCUUCUAUUUUGGGCGGUGGUCUCAAUUCAGGCAGUCCCCAACAGGGAGGCAUGAUGUCGAGCCAGCUGGGUGCUGUGCUGGGUAAAGGUCCUCUUGGGCAGAGUUCUCCCAAUCACCAGUCGCCCCAAGGUCAGAAAGGAGGUGUUUCCACUGGACAAGGAAGUGGGGCCAUGGGCUUUAACCCGGCUAUGUUGAACAGUAGCCAGGGUCAUGGUGUGAUGGGCCAAGCAGGACAGGUCAUUAAUGGUGCUAUGGGACCAGCAGGUCGUGGGAGGCCGGGGCCUGGUAUGCAGUACCAAGGCCAGGGAAUGCAAGGGACACAAGGGGGUGCUGGACCUGGUGUUGGGGGAAGUGUACUGGCAGAGACUCUAACCCAAGGAGGGCCACAGAUGGGUGCACCGCACUCGAUGAACGCCCAGCAAGCUGGCAACCUGAACAAGAUGCCGAUGUCUGGAGCUCCCUUUGGCCAGCAGUAUGGCCAGGCCGGGGUGCAGCAGAUGGGGACAGCGGGGGUCAAUGCCCAACAACUCCAGAACAAGUCGGCCCUUUCUAACAACUUGCCCCCAUUCCCUCCUGAGUUAAAGGGAGCUGGGAAUGUGCCAAACAUGUCCCAAAUGCAGCAAGUAGCAUCGAUGGGCAUGGUCCCUGGGACCGGCGGCGUAUCCGGAGGCCCGACUGCCGACCCUGAAAAGAGAAAACUUAUUCAGCAGCAGCUGGUCCUGCUGCUCCACGCGCACAAGUGCCAACGGAGGGAACAGGCCAACGGAGAAGUUAGGGUCUGUACCCUGCCUCACUGCCGCACCAUGAAGAACGUACUCAACCAUAUGACUCACUGCCAGGCUGGCAAGUCCUGCCAGGUGGCUCACUGUGCAUCAUCCAGACAGAUCAUCUCCCACUGGAAGAACUGUACGCGGCACGACUGCCCAGUUUGCUUGCCUUUAAAGAAUGCAAGUGAUAAGAGAAAUCAGCAGCCAAUGUUAAGUUCUCCAGGAGCCAGCCUGCAGAAUGCCAUCAGUACAGUCGUACCUGGCCAGCCUAGUGCCACAGCCAUCAACACUGCUUCUACUCACAUCGACCCCAGCUCUAUGCAGAGGGCCUAUGCAGCUCUAGGCCUUCCAUAUGGAAACCAGUCCCCUGCUCAGGUUCAGGGUCAGGGUCCAGCUCAGCAGAACCCGCAGGGGCAUCAGCUACGAAAUAUGAACCCACUUGGCACUAACCAGAUGAACCAGAUGGCAGGAGGCCUCGGUGCCCAUUCCUCAGACCAGACUGGCCUGCACUCUGACUCCUCUCUCCCCUCUACGCUCAACAAUCAGCUGCUGUCAGAUGGAUCAGUAGUAGAAGGAAUGGGAAACCUGCCUGCUGCCACCCCUCUCUCUGCAUCAGGGGUAAGAAAGGCCUGGCAUGAGCACGUGACUCAGGACCUCCGCACCCACCUGGUGCACAAACUAGUACAAGCCAUAUUUCCCACUCCGGACCCUGCUGCACUGAAGGACAGGCGGAUGGAGAACUUGGUGGCUUAUGCUCGCAAAGUUGAGGGAGAUAUGUAUGAAUCAGCAAACAGCAGGGAUGAGUAUUACCAUUUCCUGGCUGAAAAAAUUUACAAGAUCCAAAAGGAGCUGGAGGAGAAGAGACGCUCUCGGCUUCAGAAACAGCCUCUGAUGGGGACGGCUGGGCCCCAGCAGCCUGGUAUGGCUCAGCCCAACAGCAUGGGCCCCGGUCAGGCUGUUCGACCUCAAAAUGGGCCUGCACAAAUGCCCAACAUGCCAAAUCAAAUGAUGAACCGUAUGCAGGUGGAUCAAGGAAUCAAUCAAUUUAACCCAAUGGCGAUGCAGAACACGCAGAUGCCUCAGGCACCCAUGGGAGCGAGGGCUCCCUCCCCAAUGAGCCAUCCACAGCAGAUGAACAUGAACUCUGUUCCAGUGAUGGGCAUGUCCCCAUCAAGAAUGCCUCCAAACCAGGGCAUGAUGGGUAAUCAUGCUAAUAACAUGCUGUCUCAGCCAGCCUCCCAAGGCCAGUACCUGCAGCAGGGUCAGUAUCCUGGUUCUGCAGGUGGAGCCAUGAAUGUGAAUAUAGGUAUGGGACAGACUAUGCCACAGGCUGCUGUUGCACAGCAACAACAAACCUCUAACCUCCCUCUGAAUGCACUGGGCCCCCAGCUUCCCUCUGGACCCUCCACCCAGCCCAACCGCGGCACCCCCCCUCCACCCAACGUCAGCCAGCAGCAGCAACAUGCCCCCACCCAGGCCCAGGUGCCACCCCAGCCUUCCACCCCCGGCUCCACAGCAGGACCUUCCUCCACCCCUACCCACAUUCCAAGUAGCCUUCCUCGUCCUUCUGCACCCAUGAACACUCCUCCAGACCCCUCCCAGCCUCUGACCCCCAUGCAGCCACCCUCUGAACCUCCCAGCCAGAUGCAGCAGCCCACCUCUGUGCAGCCGCAGCACCCUAGUACACCGUUAUCGCAGGCUGCAGCUGGUAUCGAUAACAGAGUACCUACCCCUGGCUCUGUGGCUGAACUGAGCUCCCAGCAGGCCCUGCCUGACACGAGCAGCUCUGAAGUCAAAUCUGAAGUCAAAGAAGAGGAGGAGGAAGAGGACAGCAAACCUGGCAAGAAACAAGAUGAUGUAAAGAUGGAGCAGGAUGAUGAAACCAAACCCCCCCUGGUGAAGAAGGAAGAAACAGAUGCAGCAGAACCAAAGCAGGAACCAAUGGAGACUGAAGACAAGAAGCCGGAGGUGAAGGCAGAACCCAAAGAAGAGGAGGACAGUGCAUCCAACAGCACAUCUACUGCUCAAAAUCGCAAGAAAAUUUUCAAGCCAGAGGAGCUCAGACAAGCCUUGAUGCCUACGCUGGAGGCCCUCUACAGGCAAGAUCCCGAGUCCCUGCCCUUCAGACAACCUGUAGACCCCAUGGUGCUUGGUAUUCCUGACUACUUUGAUAUAGUGAAGAAUCCCAUCGACUUGUCCACCAUUAAACGUAAGCUAGACACGGGUCAGUACCAGGAGCCAUGGCAGUAUGUGGACGACAUCUGGCUCAUGUUCAACAACGCCUGGCUGUACAACCGUAAAACAUCACGUGUCUACAAGUGCUGCACCAAGCUGGCCGAGGUGUUUGAAGCAGAAAUUGAUCCUGUCAUGCAGGGUCUGGGCUACUGCUGUGGCAGGAAGUAUGAGUUUUCGCCUCAGACGCUUUGCUGCUACGGCAAACAGUUGUGUACCAUCUCCAGGGACAGCACCUACUACAGCUACCAGAACAGUUCACCCAAAUAUGGCCUUAUUGCCGACAGGUAUCACUAUUGCGAGAAGUGCUUCAACGAGAUCCAGGGCAACAGCGUAAACCUGGGCGAUGACCCAGCGCAACCGCAGACCAAAAUAUCUAAAGAUCAGUUUGAAAAGAAGAAAAACGAUACUUUGGACCCUGAACCGUUUGUUGAAUGUAAAGAUUGUGGAAGAAAAAUGCAUCAGAUCUGUGUACUGCACUAUGACGUCAUUUGGCCCUCUGGCUUUGUUUGUGACAACUGCCUGAGAAAGACUGGAAAAACUAGAAAGGAAAACAAGUUCUCCGCAAAACGGCUGCAAACUACAAGGCUGGGGACCUACAUCGAGGACAGAGUAAACAAGUACUUGAAAAGGCAGAACCACCCAGAAGCUGGUGAAGUGUUUGUGCGAGUUGUUGCCAGCUCUGACAAAACUGUUGAUGUUAAGCCUGGCAUGAAGUCUAGGUUUGUAGACUCAGGUGAGAUGGUGGCGAGCUUCCCUUACAGAACCAAAGCACUUUUUGCGUUUGAGGAAAUCGACGGCGUGGACGUUUGUUUCUUCGGCAUGCAUGUUCAGGAGUAUGGCUCAGAUUGCCCCUUUCCAAACACAAGACGGGUUUACAUAUCAUACCUCGACAGUGUUCACUUCUUCAAGCCGCGUGGUCUGAGGACUGCAGUGUACCAUGAGAUCCUGAUAGGUUACCUGGAAUAUGUGAAGAAACUUGGAUAUGUGAUGGGUCACAUCUGGGCAUGCCCCCCAAGCGAAGGAGAUGAUUAUAUUUUCCACUGCCACCCUCCGGACCAGAAGAUCCCUAAGCCCAAACGGCUGCAGGAGUGGUACAGGAAGAUGCUUGACAAGGCUUUUGCAGAGAGGAUCAUACAUGAUUACAAAGAUAUCUUCAAGCAGGCGACAGAAGACAGGCUCACCAGUGCCAACGAGUUGCCGUACUUUGAGGGCGACUUUUGGCCGAAUGUGCUUGAGGAGAGCAUUAAAGAGCUGGAGCAGGAGGAGGAGGAGAGGAAGAAGGAGGAGAACACGGCCUCCUCUGAGACAACAGAGGGAGUCCAGGCAGACAGCAAGAAUGCCAAGAAGAAGAAUAAUAAGAAAACCAAUAAGAACAAGAGCAGCGUCAGCCGAGCCAAUAAGAAGAAGCCUGGAAUGCCAAAUGUAGCCAAUGAUCUGUCUCAAAAACUCUACGCCACCAUGGAGAAACAUAAGGAGGUCUUCUUUGUUAUCCACCUCCAUUCUGGGCCAGUCAUCAACACCCUCCCACCCAUAAUGGACCCUGACCCACUGCUGACCUGUGACCUCAUGGAUGGGCGUGAUGCCUUUCUGACGUUGGCCAGAGACAAGCACUGGGAGUUCAGUUCGCUGAGGAGAUGUAAGUGGAGCUCCAUGUGCAUGCUGGUGGAGCUGCACAACCAGGGCCAGGACCGCUUCGUCUACACGUGCAACGAGUGCAAGCAUCACGUGGAGACUCGUUGGCACUGCACUGUUUGUGAGGACUAUGACCUGUGCAUUAACUGCUACAACACUAAGGGCCAUGAACACCAAAUGGUGAAGUGGGGUCUGGGUAUUGACGAUGACAGCAACAGCCAGAGCGGCGAGGCCUCAAAGAGUCCUCAGGAGAGUCGUCGUCUCAGCAUCCAGCGCUGCAUCCAGUCCCUGGUCCAUGCAUGCCAGUGCAGGAACGCCAACUGCUCGCUUGCAUCCUGCCAGAAGAUGAAGAGGGUGGUUCAGCACACUAAGGGCUGCAAGCGCAAGACCAAUGGUGGAUGUCCUGUUUGCAAGCAGCUGAUUGCAUUAUGUUGUUACCACGCCAAGCACUGUCAGGAGAACAAGUGUCCCGUUCCAUUCUGCCUCAACAUCAAGCAGAAGCUUCGUCAGCAGCAGCUGCAGCACCGGCUACAGCAGGCUCAUCUGAUGCGCCGCCGAAUGGCCACCAUGGCUGGAAGAGGUAUGCCAAUGCCAUCUCCACCUACCUCAGCUGCCCCUGAAACCCCCAACUCUGUGCAGCAGCCUAGUACACCCCAGACUCCGCAGCCCAUGCCCAGCCACCCCCAGCAACAGCAACCACCAAACCCUGCCAACAUGGGCCAAGGGUUCCCCAGCAAUGGCCGCAGCAGUCAGCCGACGACUCCAGUGCCGCAGGGUAAACCGGGACCGCAGUCCUCCCCCCUUCAUCAGCAGCUGUCUCCUAUGCCCAACAUGCCACAUCAGCAGCAGGCUCCUCCUCCACAGCAGCAGCAGCCACCGCAGCAGCACCAACUGCUGGCGGCAAUGAAGGUGGCACAGCAGAUUGAGAUGGCAGCUAAGGUGAGGCAACAACAGCCCAAUUAUGCCACCAACGGGAUGUCUAUGAAUCCGCAACGCAUUAUGAACCCCAUGCCGAGCCAAAUGCAGAUAAUGCAGGGCCCUCGGGGACCCCAGGUGAUGCAGUCUGUACCGCAGGGCCAGUGGGGCGCUGGGAUGCAGAAUCCCCAAGGCCAUCAGCCUCUGGUCCCUCCUCAGCAACGCCCCAUGGCCCCUCAGCCGACUCAAGGAACCCCAAUGUCCCAGCAGUCCCCGCUCAUGCAGAGACCCAUGAUGGCGCAGCCGUCGGGUCUUCAGAUGCCCGGGGUCAUGCCUCCCCAGGGGCCCUCCCAGCAGGGAAUGACACCACAGCAGCAAAACAUGCCCCGAGGAAUGCCUGGAAAUAUUACUCCAAGUGCCGUGCAGGAAUUACUGCACACCCUUAAGUCUCCGAGCUCUCCGCAGCAACAGCAGCAGGUCCUGGCCAUCCUCAAAUCUAAUCCCCACCUCAUGGCUGCUUUCAUUAAACAGAGAGCAGCCAAGUACCAGGCCAGCCAGGCGCCGCAGCAGCAGCAGGUCCAGCAGCAGAACACACAGGUCAUGCUGGGUCCACAGCCAGGGAUGCAGGCCAUGGCAGCUAUGAACCCAAUGCAGCGCCCGGGGAUGGCUCCUCAACAGCAGCCACCUCAGCCGGUGGGGCCCCAGGGAAUGGCACCUAUGGGUCCUCAAGGCCAGAUGAUGAAUCCCGCUCAAAACGGCAGCCCCCAGUACCACAGACAGCAGCUGCUUAGGAUGCAACAAAUGCAGCAGCAGGGAGGCUUGCCUCAGGGCCACGGGCAGUUCCCCCCACAGCAGCAAGGGGCUCCAAACUACUCCCAGCUCCGAGCGCAUCAGCAAAUGGCUAUGCAAGGAGGCCAAGGUCCUAUGGGGUCAGUCCCUUCCAUGUCACAGAUGGGCCAGCCUGGCAUGGGGAUGGACGGGAUCCCGAACCAGCUCAGGCAGCGUAUGAUUCAGCAUCAAAUGAAGCAGCAGAUGGGUUCUCCGGCGCAGGGGAACUCCAUGAGUCCGCAACCUAAUUUGCUGCAAGGCCAAGGCCAGACAGGAGCUCACCUCCAGGGCCAGGCCAUGGCAAACACCCUGGGCAACCAGGUUCGUUCCCCGGCUCCAGUGCAGUCACCACGCCCACCUUCACAGCAACCCCCUCAUUCCGGUUCCUCGCCGCGGAUACAACCUCAGCCUUCGCCACAGCAUGGGGCUCUCCACUCCAGCUCCCCUCACCCCAGCCUCGGUCCCAUGUCUGGCCCUAUGGACCAGGGACACAUGGGAACUCCUGAGCAGAGCGCAAUGCUCCCACAGCUGAACACGCCAAACCGAGGAGGGCUGAGCAAUGACAUGAACAUGGUGGGCGAUACCACAGGAGACACGCUAGAGAAGUUUGUUGAAGGAUUGUAGCAUUUUGAGACAGAAGAAAGCUCUGCUCCAGAUUUUUUUUUCUAUUUACUGAUUUAAAAAAAAGUCUUAGGAGGCCUAUGGACUGUGAACUUUCCUUAUACCACAGACUCCUUUUUCUCUAAACAGAGUGAUUUAAUAAUUGCUGUUGAAAAGAAAACAAAGACAAAGAAUAUAUUUUUGGUUCCGGCCAGCAUUGCAAGAAUUUGCCCUGGUCUUUGUUGGUUUAUUUUAUUUUUCUGUUAUGAUUUGCAAUUGAAUUUUUAAAAAAACACUUAAAAAAAAAAAAACAUCCUAUUUUGUACCUUUGCAGAUAAAUAUUGUAUUUGUGUUGCGAAGUCUGUAAAGUUGUCUGUGAAUUUUUUCGCCAGUUUCUCAGUUUUCCUGUUCCUGGCUAAUUUAUUCUAAUAUGCCAUUUUAUUAUUAUUCUUUUUGUUUUGUUUUUUCAAAAGGACUGCCUUUAGGAAAGCCUUAAUUUCUUUCCUGUUUGCAGAGUUUAAAGGAGAUUAACGUAUUUGUAUAGAUCUAGGAUACCUAUUGCACACACAAACACAACAUGCUGGUGGAAGAGAAGCUUGUGUUAAAACUCGUUCAUGUUCACAGGUGCCAGAAUGUUCUUUUUACCUGGCCCCAUCCCAGCGAUUGUCUUGCAGAUUUUCAAACUUUGCUUUUGUCUGUUCUUUAUUCUAAAGAAAUUGUCAAUAAGUACUGAACCUGUUUUGCCUGUGGUGGGAAAUAUGUAAUUCUUUGACUGCUGAUUAGUGUUCGGAGAGUUUUUGUGCAGCAUUUUUCUCUCUCAUUAAACUUGAAUUGAUGAGGAACUAUUCUCUAAUGUAAAUCAAGCAGCUAGACAGUACUGUAAAUAUGCAGAAAAUGAGAAUGAAUUCACUGUAUAAACUGGUUCAAAUGGCUCAUUUCGUACUUAUAUACCUUAUUGUUAAAUAAACCUGUGUGCC